CUCUGCCUGCUGGAGUGUGUGGAGACAGAGCUGGAGGAGUGUGUGUGGAGCUAGUGGCUGUGUGGACAUGUCAUAGUUCACUCUGGGAGCCUGAUCAAGCUGGUGGACGUGGUUCAAACUUGACAUUAUGAUGAGGACACACUUUGGAGUUUUGUUUUUGCUGGCCCAGUGGGUGGCCUACUCUGAUGCUUGGUUCUGGUCCUGGCCUGGCACUACAACUUUGGCCCCAACAGUGGACCCUGAGGGGUCUGGCAGUCCAACAGGUAGUGGAGAAGCGCCAUCAGAGAAUAUUACAACGGUUGAACCAGAGAUCAUUGAUGAAGGACAUGGGAUGGAUAAGGAUGUGCCAGCUUGGGGUAAGACUACUGAGGCUCCUCGACUGACUGCUCUACCUAAAACACAACCAGAGACUGAACGUGCAUCAGAAAAGGGCACUACAGAGAUUUCAUCACGCAUAAUUAAACCUGAAGACAGUGGAGUUUCCCUGCUGCAGCUGAUUGGGGAUCCUCCUCCAAGUGAGAUCGUCCGAGUCUAUGCACCAGACAACACACCUGCUUACGUCUUUGGCCCAAAUGCCAACACGGGCCAGCUGGCACGCGCUCACCUCCCAAGCCCCUUCUACCGGGACUUUGCCCUCAUCUUCCACCUGAAACCCACCUCCGACAGGGGUGGUGUCAUCUUCUCCGUCACAGAUGCCUUACAGCAGAUCAUGUAUGUGGGUGUUAAACUGUCACCCGUGCAGGGCGGCAACCAGAAUGUCAUCUUAUACUACACGGAGCCCGACUCACAGCAGUCCUACGAGGCAGCUAAGUUCCUUGUGCCCUCCUUGAGGGACACCUGGACCAGGUUUGCUAUUUCUGUGAGGGAUGACAAGGUGAUGUUCUACCUCAACUGUGACACAGAGCCUCAGGUGAUGCGCAUUGAGAGGUCUCCAGAUGAGAUGGAGCUGGAGGGUGGUGCUGGAGUCUUUGUCGGACAAGCUGGAGGAGCUGAUCCUGAGAAGUUCCUGGGUGUGAUCGGUGAGCUGAGGGUGGUGGGAGACCCCCGUGCUGCAGAGAGGCACUGUGAAGAGGAUGAAGACGACUCAGAUAUGGCUUCAGGAGAUGGAAGUGGCUUUGAGGAAACCAGACUACAAAAACCAGACAUGGAGACACACAGAUGGACGACUACUCCUCCAUCUUCUGGCCCCAUUCCGCAGCCACCCCUGACAAGGACAGAGGAAGUACCCACUGCAAGAGAAACAGCAAGAGACUCCCAGCACGUUUCAGUUUCUGUGGAGUCUAGGCCUGGACUUCAAGGGUCAUCAGGGCCAGUGGGGUCUAAAGGAGAGAAGGGCGACAGAGGAAUGAAAGGAGAUAGGGGUCCAAUUGGGCCGAAGGGAGAGGCAGGCUCUGGCUCCGGCUCACGAGGUGGAGCCCGUGGAGAGAAGGGAGAACCUGGAGAAAAAGGAGCAAAGGGCAGUGCAGGCUUCGGCUAUCAAGGGAAAAAGGGUGAUCAAGGCCCACCUGGCCCCCCUGGUCCCCCUGGCCCUCCAGGAUCUGCAAGCGAGUAUUCAGUUGGCAGUGACGGCUCAGUUGUUUCAAGUAUCUCUGGACCCCAAGGACCACCUGGGUCACCAGGCCCCAAGGGAGCACCUGGAGAGGAUGGAGAGCCAGGUGAUCCUGGUGAGGAUGGAAAAACUGGUCCUGAAGGACCUCCAGGCUUCCCUGGAACACCAGGAGACCCUGGAGCCAGAGGAGAGAAGGGAGAGCGUGGAGAAGGCCAACCUGGCCCUAGGGGACCUCCAGGACCCCCAGGACCUGGAUUCAGAUCUACCUUUGUGGACAUGGAAGGUUCAGGAUUCCCAGAUUUGGAAUCUAUUCGGGGACUGCCUGGGCCACCCGGGCCUCCUGGUCCCCCUGGUCCACCUGGCCCAUCUACAGGUGGCACAGCAGGGGGUUCUGGAGCAUUUGGACCACCAGGAAGGGAUGGAGCACCUGGACAACCUGGCUUGCCUGGUUUACCGGGUACUGAUGGCCUCCCAGGAGCUCCCGGUCCCAAGGGAGACAAGGGUGACUCAGGUGAGCUGGGUCUUCCAGGAGUAGUUGGAGCAAAGGGAGCUCCAGGAGACCGUGGUUUACCAGGACCUGCAGGAGAUCCUGGACUGGCUGGUCUGCCUGGACCAAUGGGACCGGUUGGGCCCCCUGGUCCUCCUGGACCUCCUGGACCAAAUUAUCGUGUUGGAUUUGAUGACAUGGAAGGAUCUGGUGGGGUUUUCACCAAUGGGCUCCCCGGUGCCAGAGGGCCAGCAGGAGUACAGGGUCCUCCUGGCCUGCCUGGACUUCCAGGUAAACCCGGGUUGCCUGGCAUCCCAGGUCUGAAGGGGAGUGAAGGUCCUACAGGAAGAGACGGGCAACCAGGCCUGGAUGGCUUCCCUGGACCUCCGGGACCAAAGGCCGAAAAAGGUGACAAAGGAGAGAGGGGCGAACCAGGUCGAGAUGGAACUGGACUCCCAGGUCCACCAGGUCCACCAGGACCACCAGGACAAGUCAUCUACCAUACAUCUGACAACGUUGAUGGUGUUGUUGGCAGAGCUGGGCCUCAGGGUGGGCCUGGUUUACCUGGUCAAGCUGGAUUUCCUGGUCCUAUUGGGCCGAAAGGUGACAGAGGAGACCCUGGUCCUCCAGGCUACGCAGUGAAGGGUGAGAAAGGUGAGCCUGGCUUAGUAAUCGGACCAGAUGGAAAUCUUCUGUAUCUGGACGGGCUGAGUGGUCCAAAGGGAGACAGGGGGCUUCCAGGACCUGUUGGACCAACCGGUCAGUACGGGCCUCCUGGAUUGAAGGGUGAAAUAGGAAUGCCUGGAAGACCUGGUCGCCCUGGUGUGAAUGGAUACAAGGGUGAGAAAGGCGAGCCAGGAGGUGGUACCGGCUACGGUUACCCUGGCGUCCCUGGCCCACCAGGACCACCAGGACCACCUGGACCCCCUGGUCCAGCCAGUCCUAUUGAUCGAUUCCAUCGUUAUGAUGACACUCCAAGGAAUUACCCAGCGAUUAAAGGGGAAAAAGGAGAGCGUGGUGAUCGUGGACUUCCAGGGAUCCCAGGAACAGGCUCUAAUUUCGAUAUUUACACAUUUAAGAAUGAACUAAAAGGAGAGCCUGGAGACUCAGGUGUCAAGGGAGAAAAGGGAGAGCCUGGUGGUGGAUAUUAUGACCCACUUUUUGGAGGAGUACAGGGACCACCAGGGCCACCUGGAAUCCCAGGCCUACCAGGUCCAAAGGGAGAGUCCAUAGUGGGCCCUCUUGGACCACAGGGACCUCCAGGGUCACCAGGGGUUGGAUAUGAUGGGCGUCCAGGUCCUCCAGGACCACCUGGACCUCCAGGACCCCCAGCAUCUCCCUCACUUCCAGGACCAUAUAGACCCAAUCCCCCUGUCAGUGUCCCUGGACCUCCUGGUCCCCCUGGACCACCUGGAAGUCCUGGUCUCUCUUCUGGGGUUACAGUUUUGAGGUCAUAUGACAUAAUGAUUGCUACUGCCAGACGUCAAGCAGAGGGCAGCCUCAUCUACGUCAUAGACAAAGCAGACCUUUAUUUGAGAGUACGCGACGGACUGCGACAAGUCAUGCUCGGACAGUACAGUCCCUUCUUCAGAGACUUGGAGAAUGAGGUGGCAGAAGUCCAGCCUCCACCUGUGAUUCUGUACCCCCAGUCCCAGGACCAGUCACAGAACAACGGAGCAGGCCAUUACUCCCAGGGUGGUUCUGCCAUACGACCGCUUGAGCCUCCACCACACCCACCUGUAGAUCCCAGAUACCCCCCACAGUACGAUCCCAGGUUCCCAGACCCGAGACACACAGGUCAGACAGAUGGAAGAUUAGACACCCAGCAGACUGAGAACAGACAACCUGUGACUCCACCGCGACGACCCAGCCCACCUGUACCAGGACCUGCUGCAUCAGGAUCAGCACUACACCUCAUCGCCUUGAACGCCCCUCAGACUGGUAACAUGCGAGGAAUUCGUGGGGCAGACUUCCUGUGCUUCCAGCAGGCUCGUGCUGUGGGUCUGAAGGGAACCUUUAGAGCCUUCCUGUCCUCCAAGCUUCAAGACCUCUACACCAUUGUCCGCAGGUCGGACAGGGACAGCUUCCCCAUCGUGAACCUCAAGGACCAAGUGUUGUAUAGCAGUUGGGAGUCUAUAUUUGGUGACAACGCCAGCAAAAUGAGGGAGAAUACACCUAUCUACUCCUUUGAUGGCAGAGAUAUCCUCAGGGAUAGUGCAUGGCCUGAGAAAAUGGUUUGGCAUGGAUCAAGCAACAAAGGCCACCGGCAAACAGACCACUACUGUGAAACAUGGCGGGCAGGCGACCGCGCUGUAACUGGUCUGGCGUCGUCGCUACAGAGCGGCCACCUCCUGCAGCAAAGCUCCAGCAGCUGCUCCGGCUCCUACAUCGUCCUCUGCAUUGAGAACGCACUCACAUCACCCUCCAAAAAAUAAAUCCCGUCCGUCCUUUUUUUGUGUUCUUCUUUUUUUUUCUUUUUUUUUUAAAUGUCCAAGCAGACAUGAUUUUUGUCUUUUUAAUUCCCAGACAACGCAGCUUGUGAACAUGCGGCGUCCAAUGAACUGGGCCUGUGGCAGUUUGCCUGGCAGGGACGCUUUGCAUCGCCGGCUCCUCCCCUCCAUACACGCCAAAGAGAUGGUUCAAACAGAGGGGCGUUGGUCCUUUUUCUCGGGGGCAUUGGCACAUAUUUUCUUUAAGGGGCGGAACAACAACAGAGAAGCUAAAAGCAUUCUCCAAUUGUAUCCCUUUUUUUGAAAAAAAAUCUGUAUAUUACAUGUUUGUCAUUUGUGUUCUUUUUUUGGACAUUAUCAAUGUUUUACCUUUUGAAUUGUUUUUAAAAAUGUUAUAUCCAUCCUGUUAUUGUUUUUUUAUUAUUUUAGGUAUUGAUCAUUUCCACAUUUUUUUCCAAUUUCAGUUUAGAAUUUUGGGUUAUGAUGGGGUACAGCAAACUUUUAAGGACUAUUUUAAAUUUAAAAAAAGAUAAUAGAUAUUUAUUUUUAAAUGAAGUUAUGUAAGGACAAACAAUAGAAAAUGUAAAAAAUGCUAAAUACCCUCAUUUAUAUUUUACACCACGCAGAACAUUUACUCCUUUUUUUUUUUUUAUCAAAAGACCUUCAGAUCAGAAACUGUGCCUUAUCACACAUGGACUGCUUCACACAAUAAGCUCAUAUAGUGAAACACUACUUUUAAAUGCAUUAUUCUGCAGAUACAGAAACACUGCGGUAGUUACAUGCCUGUUAUGAAUAAUCCCACAUUCAGGGGGCAAGAUCCUUUCUAGCUAAACCUUAUGAUUCUAAAGUGAUAAUAUCCCGUUUUGCCACAUUAUCAAAAGCUAUCCGUGAGUAAGCUGGAGAUGAUUAGUUUGCUGCUAAUCUUUGUCUCAGUGAUUGCUAUCAGGAUUGUUAGGGACAGGAAAACCAGUAUAUUGAGGAGAAAGUUUUUCCAGUGGACUUGCGUGAAAUUUCAGAGACUAACUUGGCCUCGGUGCUACUGAUAUCUCAGCUGAACAUGUGGAUAUUCAUUUUUUAAACAACAAAUUGCAUUGUACUGUUCCUCCCAGGCACUGAAUUAAAGUCUUUUUCAACCAGUACUGUACAA